AAGCGAUUAUAGCCAUGUUGACAUGCAGGCCGCAUGCACAUCAAGAUCUUACUUUAGCGUGGACUGCGGCAGACACCGACACCAGGAGUGGCGUUUUUGUUGUGCACCGAGCAGGUCUGAAUUCAAUCAAUCAACCGGAUUGAUAAGGCCAUGUCCGGCGAUGAGGCCCAGCGAGGUCUGGGGAAAACAGAAUGGGAUGAAGCCUAUGCAGUGGGACCUUUGGGAGGCGUUACGCGGACACAGAGCAAUGAAGCGUCGUUCCUUCCAAAGAGAACGCGUAAGACUUCACGCCCAACGACAUGUCAGGUUGACGGCUGCGGUCGCGAGCUGCUGGGCGAGAAGGCCUACCUGCAGCGCUACUCGGUGUGCGAGCAACACUUCAAGGCGGACGUGGCGCUGCUGCACGGCCAGGAGGUGCGCUUCUGCCAGCAGUGCAACAAGUUCCAGGACAUACGGGAGUUCGAGGGAGUGCGCAGGAGCUGCGCCGCCCGCUCCAAGGACCGCAACCUGCGCCGGCGGCUGCAGACCACCCUGCAGCACAAGGGGGGCGGCGGCGGGGGGGCGGGCGAGGACUCCCCUGCCGCCGGGGUGUCCCCGCGCCACCAGCAGCGCCAGCAGAGUGACAGUCCGGGUGUCAGCGGGGCGCUAGGGCCGGGGGCGGGGGCGGGGGCGGGCGGGGCCGCCUCGGAGGACAGUGGCGGCGGCGGGCGCGAGGGCAGCCGGGAGCUGUCGGUGGCUGGCACUGCGGCAGUUGCAGCGGGGCGGCGGCGGGGCGGCAGCAGCGCCGGCGGCAGCGGCUGCGCCCCCCUGCUGGACGCCUCGGCACUGCUGGGCGGCGGCAGUGGCGGCGGUGUGGGAUUGCUGCGGGGGUACGCCAGCCUGCCCGGCGCCGCCCCCUCCCGGCCGCAGCUCCCUCCUGCCCCCGGAUGCGGUGGCGAGGCGGGGGCCGACCCCACCAGCGAGCUGGAGCUGCUGCUGGCGGCGGGGGCAGCGGGGCGCGAGCUGGCGCUGCAGGGGGGGCUGCCGGCGGGGCUGCUGGGACCGCAGCGGGCCGCC